UGGAGCUCAGUCUUGGCGUAUAUUUCCAACAUUACAUAUUCAGUUCCAUUAAUUGAAACUUGGACAUCAACAUUUUUUUAUUUAAUUAAAUCUAUAAAAAAAUACUUUAAAAAAAAUGGUUCAAGUGAUUUUAUAGAAAAGAAUCGGACACAACUUUUUACUUUAUACACAAAGAUGAUGAUUUGAGAACAAUAUUGAAUUAUGAAAUUGAGCCGUUGUAAAGUACAGUCAGUUACAAUGAGCUGUUACUUGCUGGCUUACUGAAAAAAAUAUCAAGCUGGAUUUGGAACAAGAAAAAUAUAAAAAGUUAUGGCUGUGCAAGCAGCAGUGAUGAACCAUCAUUUCAUGCCUUUGUAUUUUCCAGGAUCCAUGGUGGAGUAUGAAAAAAGUUACCAUGAUGGAACUAACUUUCUUGGUGAUGUUGAAAGUGGAGAAUUCAAGGAAGCCAGCAGAGACUUGCUUAGCUUUAUUAACACAGCUUCUAGCAACAUAAAACUGGCUUUAGACAAACCUGUUAAGUCUAAAAGGAAGGUUAACCACAGAAAGUAUCUACAAAAACAGAUAAAGAGGUGCACAGGUAUGAUAAGCAAUGGGAACUGUAGCCAAGGGUCUUCUAAAGGACAAUCUAUAUCUCCUGGCAACAUAAACUCUCCAAGUUUUCAUUGUAAACCUCCUCCCAAAAGGGAUAACACACAAUCAAAUUUGCAGAGCAAAAGUCUGGCAGCUCUUUUUGAAAAUGCCAAGGAGGUCUGUGGAGAAAAGUGUAAAAAAGUGCCCUUGAGAAAUCGCAACCUGCCUCCAUCCUUUUUCAGAGAACCAGUCAACGCUACUUCAGGCCUAAUCUCUUCGUCUGGAAUAACCCUAAAGGAGCUGGAGAAAGGUAACCCAGAGUCAAUAGAAUUUUUUGAACUCUUGGGUCAAGAUUAUAAUAACAUUUCAGAGCAAGAUAUAAUUCAGGGGGCUUCAGUAAGGAUACAUCAGGAUGUCACAGCAGAACAUUCACUCUACGAGCCCCAUCCCUUAUUAAAUGGUCUGCUUUAUCCUGAUCCUUGGAAUCCAUGUAAUCAAAUUAAAAAGAGUCCCGUGGGAACUUGCAGCCUAAAUCUGAAUGAAACUUUGAAAAGUGUCUCAGUGCCAGCCUCCAUCUAUACAAAUAACACAGACCCUGCAAUUACUUCUUCAGUAGAGGACAGCUGCACUAAUCUACCAUCAUUUACUCCCUGCUUUCCUGAAUGCUCCCUUCCACAAAUGUUUUAUGACUAUAGCUCAGGAUACAACAGGAUUGGUUAUUCUGUUCUGUAGCUUAACAUAUGAAAAAUUACUUUCUAACCUUCUUAUGUAUAGAGUACUAUAUUCUGUCUUAUCCAUUUGCAAUACAUAUUUUAUUGGGCAAUAUAAAUACUUACAACAAGCUGGUAAGUUUAAUGUAUAUUUAGAGUUAGAUAGCUGUACUGAAUAUUGUUCACUUGACUAUGAGCAUGUAUUGGUAAUGUUUAUGAGGACUAAUAUAACAGAUCAUUACAUGUUCUAUUUGAAGGUUGCAGAACUGAAUUUGAAAUGCUUUCAUCAGUCAUUAAAAGUUAUGUAUUUCAAGGACAUAUAUACAUAUGUAUAUUCAAAUGUGUUAUUAAUUAAUAAAGAAAAGAAAAUUCUAUAAAAUAGGGUAAUACUUUUAGUGUUUAGACAGGAUGUAUAUAUUUAUGUAAAAAGACUUGUAGAUUAAAUAUAUCAAUUUGAAAAAAUAAUUUGGGGUCUAUUUGAUUUGAUUUGAAAAGCGUAUCAACAUGUGUUUUGUUAAAUUAACUUAAAUCUUUGAAGACUUUUCCAGCUGAAAUAUUCUUUGAAUGAUAUCAAUGCAAUAUUUUUUUAUUAAAUUAUUAUAAGAAUGUGAAGGUGCUGCAUGUGCUAAGUAUUUGUCGUUAUGGCUUUUCUAAACUUCUAUAUUCCAAAUAUAAAUCUGAAAAUUCACCAAUAGUCAUUUAUUCAAGUUGUGUAUUAUCAUCUGUAGUCUGCGCAUAUUUUAAGUAAAACAGUUUUUUUUAUUAUUAUUAUUACAAAUUCCAUAUUUGACUAUAACAAGGCUUUUGGUUAUGAUAUACAUAAUGUAAAAAAAAUAUGUAUUACAAACACAUACAUUGAAUAAAUAUCACCAAUUUUACUCGUAUUUGGAGGCCCAAAAAUUCCAUUAGCAGAAAAGUUUGUGAUUUGUUUAUGAUUGGUUUAGAAGUUUUUUUUCUAAAUAAAAUAUACUUUUGUUUUACAUAAACAUAAAUAGUUAUUCAAUGUCAAUAAGAAUUAACUAUUACUAUGGAUUUUAUGAUCAGUCUGAGUAGCUUGAAUAAAUAUG